CAGACCUCGGACCGAUCCGUAUGAAAAGAAUCCUCGAUCCUCGACUAGCAUCGCCGCGUCCACUUCAGUCACAUUUCGACUUCGAGUCCUGACAGAGUUGAUUGUGCUCGACAUGCGAUUUCAUCCGGCGUCAUCUCCCCUCGGCGUAAAAGCCUAAAAACAAGUUAUUCGAGGAUUCUCGGGGAGGGAAAACCAUCGGACGAGUCCGCGAGCCCAAUGGCCCCCGGUUUCAUCGCUUUUCUUUCGAGCCAAACGCCGUCCCGUCUUCGAGCUGGCCGCUCACGAGAAAACGAUGAUCUCUUGAUAAGCAACUCCAGCAGAGUUUGGUAGUUAUGGAUUCGAACGCGCUCGAGGGUCGCCAGAGUGAUACGAGACGCCGCCCGACACUCGCAUGGACGCUUUGCCGGCAAUCUUUCUCUCCUACGCUCCAACUCAAAGCAGUCAACCGCGAUCCACAAAUCGGAAGAUACGAAAACCUGAAGACGGAGGAGCUCAUUAGCGAAAUGACGACUCCCGUGCUGACGACGGGUGGGAAUUUCGUCAAAACGACCGACAGCUUGCACGCUGCUCUGAGGCCGAUCAUUAAGUUGGCACAGUGUUUUUCCCUGUUUCCGGUGAGUCAAGUCAGUAAAUCGGAUGCCUCGGAUCUCAGAUUCACGUGGCGAAGUUUCAAGAUUUUUUACGCCUGCAUCACGCUCUUGAUCUCGAUAACUCUUGUGGCCUGCAGUCUUUUGCGGAUCCUGGAGAACGGAAUCACCGCGUCGAGAAUGACGAGGCUGAUGUUCCUGGGAACGACCUUCAUGACGAAUCUUUUGUUUUUUCGUCUCGCCAUGAAUUGGCCGAGUUUCGCGACCUCCUGGGAAAGAUUCGAGCGCGAAUUGGCUCCCCGUCAUCGUCGGGUCGCCAAACUCAAUAUGGCCGCGAGAUUCAAAAUCAUCACAGCGGUCGUAAUGAUUCCUGCAAUGAUUGAACAUGCUCUCUCGAUCCUGGCGGGCUACUUGGGCGCUGUAACGUGUGCUUCGCUUCGCGGUGACACUGACAUCGCAGCGACAUAUUUUCAGUCACAAUUCCCACACGUUUUUAAUAAAACCGUGUACACUUUGUGGAAGGGAAUAGCCGUUCAAUCGAGCAACCUUCUUAGCACCUUUUCAUGGAACUUCAUGGACCUCUUUCUUAUUCUCAUAAGCACCGCUCUGGUCGAUCAAUUUCGUCAGCUCAACAAUCGUCUCUACUCGAUACGGGAAAAGCAUUGUUUCGUUGUGAAGGCAAUGCCGGAGUGGUGGUGGGCCGAGGCGAGGACCGAUUACAAUCGUCUGGCAUCGUUGACGAGACAAGUCGAUACUUACAUAUCCGGUAUCGUCGUUCUGUCAUUCGGAACGAAUCUCUGGUUCAUCUGCAUUCAACUGCUUAACUCCUUCAAUCCAUUCCCGAGCAUCAUGACGACGAUUUACUUCUGCUUUUCGUUUGGAUUUUUGUUAACACGAGCCUCGACGAUCUCUCUGUGCGCGGCAGCUGUCCACGACGAGUCUCUGCUUCCUGCACCAAUAUUGUACAGCGUUUCAGCUUCGAGUUAUUCGAACGAGGUCGUGAGGUUCCUGAUGCAGGUCACGACGGACAACAUCGGGCUGACGGGAAUGAAGUUUUUCUCAAUCACAAGAAGCCUCGUUCUCACAAUCGCUGGAACUAUCGUCACGUACGAGCUCGUGCUCGUGCAAUUCAACGGUCUCCAGCCAAGCAAUCCUUCGAACAUAACUCACGCUUGCGACGUCAACUAGACGCUUGCGUUCGAUGAGAUUCACCGUUUAUUUAAAAAUAACUUUUCACGAGCUUCUAUAGCGAUUGAAUGAAAAGAAAAUUAUCAUUUCUACAUUUGUCCUGCGAGUUGCAGUACUGUGAGAGAGAAGAAACAAAAUCAUUUAUUUUCGCUUGCAAAAACAUUGUUUUUAAACUCGAGCGAAUUUCUUCGUCGCUAUUUUUCAAAUAAAUAUUCAAGAAAAACAACA